AUGACUAGACAACAAAAUCUUCUAUUUCCUGCUCCAGUUGAAAAUGCAGAAUCUCUACAGUGGCAAAAGGCUGCUGGAAAGAUGAGUUGCCACAGGCCAACGCGGGGAUUGCUGAAUGGAGCUAAUCGGAAAUUGUGCUCAGGAUGUUUCGCCAAGCAUGAAAUAUUCACUCAAUCAGUUCCCUUCUCUAGGGAUGUUGUUGGGCUCGCCGUAUCAGUUCUCCCGGACCCACGCUCAGACCCAGACUCACAACACACCUUUGUCGCCGGCUUAGAGCUUAUCUAUCCUGGCAAUAUGCCAAAUGCUGUUCUUGGCUAUCGCCUCCCAGGAAAUCAAAUCAUGAUUGAUCUUCAAGCAAGGCCACUUAAGGGAUUUGAGGUGAUGAUUGGAGAAGGAGGCAUUCACGCAAUCCUUCCGCUUUUUCAUGCGAUGAAAGAUUGGAUUGGUAAGCCCGUCGAUGGAUUUCAUGAAGCUCGCGGGCCCGUACGACUUUCAACGGACAAUGAGAUACUAGCCAUUUCGGCAGAUUUUGAUGUCUGGCAAUAG